AACAAGAAGGCCUGAUCAAUGAGAGUGUGUGAACGUAGCCGCUUUCCUUGGCAGUGUUAAUUCAUAGAGGGACUACCCACGCUUUCUAGGCACGUGCAACGCUUACGGACAAUGUCGCAAAUCAUACAAUUGAAGAAUCACCACCUAGAUGGCAUGUCAACCGAUUUUUUGUACCAUCUGGCAAUUAAUGUGGCCGACACCAAGGACACCAGGGACAUUCAGAGUCAGUUUGGCGAUGUCAGGUUUAUCUUAACGGGUGGUACCUCUAUACGUAUGCUGCAAUUAGCGAAAUAUCUGCGAAAAUUGUUCGGUGUGGAGGACACUAGCGAUCCUGUGGAUCUGUGCAAGAAGGGACAUCGCUACGCAAUGUACAAGGUGGGACCUGUGAUCUGUGUCAGCCACGGUGUCGGCUCCUCCACCUUCAGCGUUGUGCUCCACGAGCUGCUGAAGCUGGUCCACUACGCCAAGUGCAAGGAUCCGGUCUUCCUGCGUAUCGGCACCUGCGGCGGGAUCGGUGUACCCCCCGGCACGGUUGUCGUAACGAAGAAUGCCUUCAACGGCUUGCUCCGCAACGAACACGAGAUUGCAAUUCUCGGAGAGCGUGUGGUGCGACCCGCCCAGUUCCCUGAGAGUGUGAUCAAGGACAUUCUGGCAUAUGGUGCCCGGGACGAUGAUGGUUUCCAAAUUAUAAGUGCCAACACCAUGGGCACAGACUGCUUCUACGAGGGUCAGGGACGUACUGAUGGCGCCAUAUGUGAAUACAGUGCUGAGGACAAGAUGAAAUUCUUGAAGAAGUGCCAUGACCUGGGCAUUCGCAACAUCGAAAUGGAGGCCAGCAUGUUCGCUUCGGUCACCCAGAAGAUUGGCGUGAAGGCUGGCGACAUCUGUGUGACCCUACUCAAUCGUCUGGACGGCGAUCAGGUUGACUCCGAGAAGAAGGAGGAGUAUGAGCACCGCCCCUUCCUUGUUUUGGGUCGCUACAUUCAGGAACUUUUGAAGAAAUAAAUGGCCAUUUCCACA